AUGGUUGCAUCAACCGCGGUUAUGGUACCCAACGAGCUUAGAACUAGGUUCGAGGGCUGGGGGCAGGCGCACGUUUUCAAAUUCAUUGACAACGGCAUGUGCUCUGAGGAGGAGGCCGAAGCUCUUAUAGAACAACUCAAGGGUAUAGAUUAUCCUAGCGUUAAGGCUAACGUGGAAAAGGCUAAGGAAGACCUCAAGUCAGAGACGGCUCAUGCUGAAUAUGAUCCUCCGAACGACAAAGACGUGAUGAAACUGAGUUCCAUGACUCCGGAGGCCGUUGAACGUUGGGAAACCCUAGGCCUUUCGGCGAUAGCCGCCGGUGAGGUUGCCGGUUGUGUUUUGGCUGGAGGGCAGGGUACUAGGAUGGGCUUGGGAGUGCACGAAUCUAAAGGUAUGGUCGACAUUGGCCUUCCCAGCGCCAAGCCCAUCUUCCAGCUAUUCUCUGAGAGGCUGACCAGGCUGAAGACUCUGUCGGGCCAAGCCUCCUCUCGUAUUCCUUUCCUAGUGAUGACUUCGCCGUUGAACCAUACUUCUGUCCAGCAGUUCUUCAAAGAUCACGAUUUCUUCGGCUAUCCCGAGGAGGAUGUUGUAUUCUUCCCUCAAGGUACUCUUCCUGCCUUGUCGCUUGAUGGAGAUCUCAUUCUCGAGUCUAAGUCGAAGGUUAGCGUCAGUCCAGAUGGUAAUGGAGGCCUGUACUAUGCCCUCGACAAAGAAGGGGUUUUAUCGAAGCUAGAAGCUUGGGGAGUGAGAUACCUCCACGUCUUUUCCGUGGACAACGCUAUCCUCAAACCUGCUGAUCCGUGGUUUGUUGGUUACUGUAUUGAGAAGAAUGCCCAGGUUGGCAAUAAGGUUGUUUGGAAGUCAUCUUGGGAUGAAAAAGUUGGAGUCAUUGCUACCAAGAAUGGCAAGUGUUCCGUAGUGGAAUACUCUGAUCUAUACAACCCCGCUGCUGGUAUCGACAAUCCGAUGGUCAGGGCCAAGGGUAGCGAUGGCAAGCUCCUCUUUGGCGCCGGCAAUAUCUGCAAUCACUUCUAUUCUGUUGAGUUUCUACGAAACGCCAUUUCCAGGAUGGAUAGUCGCUAUCACUUAGCGUACAAGAAAAUCGCGUGUGCUGAUGAGAAGGGCGACACUGUCAAGCCAACAGCGAACAACGGCGUCAAGCUCGAGGCUUUCAUUUUCGAUGCUUUCGAGAUGGCGGACCGCUCUGUUGUCUUCGAAUGCAAGCGCAGUGAAGAGUUCACGCCCAUCAAAAAUCCGUUCGGGGCCGACCAGGACUCUCCCAAUACAGCAAGGAAGGCUAUAUCGGACAUGUGCAGGCAGUGGGUCGAGAUGGCUGGCGGGCAUAUCUCGGGGGAGGAUCUCUUCGAAGUGUCCCCACUUGUAUCGUAUCGGGGUGAGGGUUUGUCUGAGCUAUGCAAGGGUAAAACCUUCGCCUCUCCUGGUCAACUGUGAGUUUGGUGCUUAGCCUUUACUGACGUUGAGAGUCUUCCCUCAGUACUGCUGUACAAUAGGUUUUGUUU